CUCCCCUUACAAAGUCAUUUGCGUGCUGUGAUAUAACAUACACUCCACCACUACGUCGCUUUAUAUCACCACUCUACAGACCCCUUACUACGUAAUCGUCACGCCCGGAAACGAGCACCAUGCCAGCCAACAAGGUUCCUGACACCCCAGUGGAAGUCCUUGUGGAUCUCUUAACAAAAGCUAAUGAGAUAGCCAAAACAAGUGAUAAUGUGCCAGAAGGGUUGACUCGUCACUUGCAGAAGGCCUUGGACAUAGCAAGUGGCCUGGAUGACUACCUGGAAAAAAUGACCACACAGGAGAGUAAACCUCUGGCAGAACUCUAUGAGAAAACAAUUUCCCAUGACUGGGAACAAGUGCACAAGGAGGGCAAAACCAUGUUCAAGCUUCCCAAAGAGUGCAUCACUGGACAUGUUGAAGGCCAGACCCUCAAGAUGCUGAUUCACAUGAGUCAAGCUAAGAGGGUUCUGGAGAUUGGGAUGUUCACAGGCUAUGGUGCACUGUCAAUGGCUGAAGGUCUUCCUGAGGAUGGCUGCUUAGUUGCCUGUGAGUUAGAGGCGUACCUCAAAGACUUUGCCCAGCCAAUUUUUGACAAGUCUCCACAUGGAAGAAAGAUUAAUGUCCAUACUGGACCUGCCAUGGACACCUUAAAGGAAUUGGCUGCUGCAGGGGAGCAGUUUGACAUGGUGUUCAUCGAUGCGGACAAGAAUAAUUAUAUUAACUAUUACAACUUUAUUUUGGACAACAACCUGCUGAGAUUGGGAGGGAUCAUAUGUGUUGAUAACUCACUGUUCAAAGCUAAAGUUUAUCUAAAAGACUCCACAGAUGACAAUGCACUGGCUCUUAGAGAAUUUAAUCAGUUUGUCUGUGAUGAUCCCCGCGUGGAGCAGGUCAUGAUCCCUCUUAGAGAUGGGAUCAGUUUGAUCCGUCGGGUAUCUGCUGUUUUGGAAAGCUCAGUGACCCAGAGUAAAAUAACAGAUGACGAAGUUUUCCGCGGGGUCAAAGGACGCUCCAUCCUCGAUCGAAUGCGACUUGAUGGAAAGGUGGCCUAUGUAACGGGUGCUGGCCAGGGCAUAGGCCGGGCUUUUGCUCAUGCCCUGGGUGAGGCUGGUGCAAAGGUGGCCAUUAUAGACGUUGACAAAGAUAAAGCUGAGGCAGUUACUAAAGAGCUUUUUCUGAAAGGCAUCAAUGCCAUUUCCAUCACAGCUGACAUUAGCAAACCAGUUGAUGUCCAGAGAAUGGUUGAUAACAUUGUCUCCAGAUGGGGGGCCAUUCACAUUGGCUGUAACAAUGCAGGAAUUAAUUUGAACUCAGCCAGUGAAGACACCAGUCUGGAGGAGUGGGACCAAACCUUUAAUGUUAACCUGAGGGGUACUUUCAUGUGUUGUCAGGCAGCAGGCCGAGUGAUGUUGAAGCAAGGUUAUGGUAAGAUAAUCAACACAGCCUCCAUGGCCAGUCUGAUAGUCCCACAUCCCCAGAAGCAGCUCUCUUACAAUACGUCAAAGGCUGGAGUGGUCAAACUGACUCAGACUCUAGGCACUGAAUGGGUUGAAAGAGGAGUGUGUGUCAACUGCAUUUCACCGGGGAUUGUUGACACCCCUCUCAUCCACUCAGAGAGUUUGAGGCCGCUUGUGCAGCGCUGGCUGUCAGAUAUCCCCGCUGGUAGACUGGCUCAAGUGACAGACCUGCAAGCUGCAGUGGUCUUCUUGGCAUCUGAUGCCUCUGACUACAUGACAGGGCAUAACUUAGUCAUAGAGGGUGGGCAAAGUCUCUGGUAGAUGGGGUAGAUGAAGAGAUGAAAACUUUUACCCCCUCUUUACUCUCUUGGCAUAAGUCUCUCUCUCUCUCUCUCUCUCUCUCUCUCUCUCUCUCUCUCUCUGACCUUACGACACAUUAAACACCGUAUUAAUUAAAGUGGUAAUAAUUAGGUAUGUUAACGUUUGUUUCAUUGUUUGAUAAGAAAUCUGGAAGCUUUCAUUUCUGUGUUGGGUACGUAGGUUCAGUUUGUUGUGUGCUAUGGCUGGAAAAAUGAUGCCAGUUCUUAUCAAACAGUGGAAAUGUCAUAUGUCAUAAAUAACUCCUUUUCUUCAAGAAAGUGGAGAAAAAAUGUGAACUGAAAAACACUGUUUUUUUUCUUAAAGCAACCUCUGAUUAUUUUGUCUCUGUUAUUGCUGCAUGUUCUCUAUGCAUUACUUCAUCCUAAAACAAUUAAGAUAAUUGUGGCUUUUAGCAUUGUCUUACAGUAAGACACAAUCUCUCUUAAUUCAUUUUCCAUAUUAAAAAAAAAAAAAAAAAAUGAGCGUUAGUUUUUGUUCUUUACUGGAAAACAUCAGGGGUGACAUUUUCAUAUUGAGAAAAAUAAAAGGACAUCUGCUUUUCUUGAGCAUGCAAAACACAUGAAUGGAUCAUACAAUAACUAAAUAAACUGGCACAGUUGUGCUUGUUUAUCACACUCUGUACACUGUAUUUUAGGGUUAAAAUAAAUAAUAAGCAUUAUAUUUUUUUUUACAGACUACAUGGAAAGUACUACAUCCUAGUCCAUUCAAACCACAAAAGGGUAAAAGUGAGAUGUAUUGUACACUGUCUGCACCUUGACUUACCACUCCCUCUGGUCCAAGACUCUUGUGUACCAUAUGCAGGAUUACAGCAUUCCAGUCUGCCUCUUUCCAGCACUUUCUUGCCAAAUGGCCCCCACAAGUGGUGCUUGUGAGUGCCUUCUUAAUUGCUCCAUUAACUGUUUGUGUGCUGAAAAACAAUACUUAAAGGAGAGGUUAGCCGAGGACGUGACCCCAGCUGCUGCAAUUAUAUGAAAAGUAGUGGCCAAUUAGCUCACUCUGUAAUGUGACACUGUUGGUGUUUAUGUGAGCAACUUCAACUUCUCACUGUUAGUGACUGUUCUCUGAUUUACAUAAUUGGGGGAUUGGUCAUUAAUGGGAAUGGCGUGUGAGAGGAUCCCAUUAAGAUAUGGAGUGAGAUCUGAUCAUCUCCAUUGCUCUCUGCUAUUUAUCUACAGCUGCAAUGGAACAUUAGAAGUUAUUGGGAUUCUUAUCCUCAUAUUUUAUGGUAAAAUAUAAAAGUUUUCCAGUGUGUGAACACAAGGUCUAGGAGAAUUUGUUCACAUAAGAGGCACAUUUUCUCUUGGCGGCCAUUUCCUGUCUUGCCACUGAGGGGCAGUAUAGAGACAAGCAGCUGCAGCACUGACACAAGGACAAAAAGUUGCAACAAGAGCAUAUCACAUUAUUUUCCAUCAUCUUAAGUAAUAACAAUGAACUUUGGCUUACGUGUAUUUAACAUGAGAACAACAAUCUGAUUCAAGUAUGCAAAAAGCUCAACCUGAUAGUCCAAGAAAUGCAUUAUAAAUACAUUUACAAUUAAAUGUUUUGUUUAGUGGACAUUUGAUUUUUUUUUUGAUAUUUUUAUUAGUUUUAACUUAAAAGAAGGACAGCUGAAUUUAAAAUAUAUCCUUUCCAGUGUUCAAAGAUAGUGAAGUGCAAAUAUUAGGUCUUAGUUGAUGAAGAACAAUAGCCAUUUGCAUUUAUGGAUCGUUGUCAUCGCUGUUAUUUUUUUCAUCUCCAGGUCAACCAAAAGUGGUGCAACGACAUUUUGUCUGUUUAUAUCAAAGCUUUUUUACCCUCUGUCCUCUUUGAAGCCAUUCAAUAUCAUCACUCCGAGGCAGUGUCUAAACUGUUGUUUUGUCAUCAUGUUUUGCUCUUUAUUAAACUCUUUAAAAGCUC